AUGAAUAGUUCUGGCAGCGAGCCGCCGAGAGCGUCGGGAGAACCGCGGACAAGGCCCGUCACAGCCAACAAGGCAUGUGUGCCCUGCCGAUUGCGCAAGGUCAAAUGUGAUGCGGCCGCGGUUGGCCUCCCCUGCAGCAGCUGUACCAGCAGGGAGCGCGUCAAGGACUGCGUAUUGCCGGCCCGGAAGCGUCGGACUAACGACUCCGAACACCGGCUUGACUUCCAAAGCCCGCGUCAGACGGAGCCAGAUCUGCUCUAUCUCAACAUCCUAAACGACGCGGUGAAAGAAACUACCGAACCCAGACCACGCCACACGACUUCCGGCACUACCUACUGCCCAAGGUCGGACAACAAUUUUACUCCCCGGAACUGUCUACGCAUCAAGCUGCCCCAAUUCGAUGACGUCGACAAGGAGUAUCUUGUCAAGAAGGGCGUCUUUGAUCUGCCUCCCCCGGCCCAUCUAGAUGCCCUCAUCAAGGCCUACUUCGACCACGUCCACCCAUUUUGCCCCGUGAUCAACCGAGCCGAUUUCAUCCGCGGCUACCGGUCGGGCACCUGCUCGCUGUUCCUGCUGCGCGCCAUCCUGACGCCCGCCAGCGUGCACGCGCCCGCCGACGUGCUGAUCUCGGGCUGCGGCUUCGCCAGCCGCUCAGCCGCGCAGGAGUCCUUCUUCUGCAGGGCCAAGCUGGUCCACGACUUCGCCGCCGAGGACGACCCGCUGGUCAUGCUGCAGGGAUCCAUCAUCCUGUGCAUGAUCGUGCUCGACCACCCCAGCGACCCGGACUUUGGGUACUGGCUGCAUAACGCGGUCCGCCUUGCGGCCAAGCUUGACCUGCGCAACAUAUGCGUUCGAGAAGACGAACCGCCUGCGGUUUUGAAGUUGUACAGAAGGAUCUGGUGGGCUCUCUAUGUUCGUCCCUCUUUGGACAUUUUCCACGUCUUUGCCAAUCCCCGACGCUCGCGACUACUCGAAGACACCCCCGCGAUCAAGCCGAGGACCGAAGAUGACUGGGAACCGGAGGAAGUCUCGGACGCGCCAUCCGGCCUGCUGUCGCCAGUCACGCCUCAACAAAGGGCCUUGCCCGUUGUCCAAUGCGAGCUGUCUGGAAUAUUUGCACAAUGUCUAUCCAUCGUGACCAGCAAACACCAGCAGGACCUUCGCCCGAUCAUGCACACGCUCGACGCGUGGCGCGGAUCCCUCGCCGCUGAGAUGCACGUGGCACCUGGCAACACCGGAACGGACAUUUACUACCUGCACAUACAAGCCAUGAGCUACAGGUUCGAGUGCGUCUUGUGCCGACUGAUGCACCGCCGUUGGCAGCAGCAGUCUCAACAUGCGGACCUGAGCGAAUGGGCGCGACAGCGGCUUCGGACCGCCGUGCUGGAGUUGGACACGAUUGCCAUGCGGGUGUUGGCGAGCGGAAACCUGGCGGACUUCCCCAUCUCCUUCGUAACCACGAUGACCGCGCUGCUCGCUCUGCACGUCGAGACGGCGCUCGAUCCCGCCGAGACAGACCUCGCCCGCUCGAUGGCUCGGAUAUCCAUCAGCCAGACCAUGCUGCUCCUCGACCAGGGAAGGGAAAUACCCGUCUUGAAGAGAGCGCUGCCGAUAUUUGAGGAGAUCCUGGCCAGGAAGAAUCUGUGCUUGGUUGCGCCGCCCGCCGGCCUCCGUGAAGCACCCGCGCCGUCGCAGUCACGAGACAACGGUGUGGCGGAUGCGUGCGCUCUGCCGCAGCUGGAACCGUGUGAACAUGAUAAUCCGGCCGUCUAUGGGGACCUCCUAGGGUUUGAUUUCUUGGACGAGUGGCAGAUCGGACAGCUGGAUUUUGCUGAUCACUCCUGA